AUGUCCGAGUACAUCGGAGCCCGCAUAUCCCUGAUAUCCAAGAGCGACAUCAGAUACGUCGGUACGCUCCACGAGAUCAACUCUGAGAACUCGACCGUCGCGCUCGAGAAUGUCACCUCGUACGGCACCGAGGGCCGUCGUAACGGCCAGGACGAGAUCCCCGCCUCCGAGAACAUCUACGAGUACAUUGUCUUCCGCGGCAGCGAUGUGAAGGACCUCAGGAUAGAGGACAAGGCUGAGCCGCCCAAGCCCACGCCGCCCCCAAUGCCCAACGACCCUGCCAUCCUCGGAGCUGCCCGCCCUCCUCAAGCGACUCCGCAGAACCAGCACUCUCACCCGCCCAAUUUCGCGCAGCCAAACAACCCGCCCUACCCCAACUUCCCUCCCGGACCGUACCCGCCGUUCCAGAACCAGCGCUUCCCGCCCGGCCCUGGUGGCUUCCCAGCUGGCCCUCCUGGAUUCCCCGGAUACCCGGGCAUGCCCUACGGGGCUCCUCCUCCGGGAUGGUACCCGCCUCCGGGCCAAGGCUUCCCUCCGGGGCCCCCGGGACCUUUCUCUCCUCAUCCUGUGCAGAUGCCCAUCGGUCCCCCUGGCUCCAAGCCUGGUCUUCCUGGCCCGCCUGGCCCCAUGGGACCUGGUGCGAAUGAUGAGGAACAGCAAAAUGCUGUUGAAGCGGACGCUGCGCCCAAGGUGCCUGGCAGUCAACCGGCGAGCAAGGAUGGUACGCCCGCGCCUGCGCCUGCUCAGGCUCAGCCCCCGCCACCUCCGGUCGAAUCGAAGCCCGACCCAUCUGCCGCGAUGGCGCCUCCCCAGCCUGUUGCGGCUCCCGCUGCUCCCCCCACUGGCCCUAAGGCGCCUACGGGCCUUAAGGGCACUCCCGGUCGUAUCAUCCCAGCGGUGCCCCUCGCGACACCCGGACAGAGGGCUGCUGCCCCCGCCGCUGCGCCUCAGCCUCAGCCUCAAGCUGCUCCUGCUCAGCACGCUCAGGGUGGUCCUCACUACCAGGAUGCGACGCAAGCCGCCACUGCUGCUGUGGCAGCGGCAAUGGCCAAGCUCAGGACCGGCCAGCCCCAGCAACCGCAGGCUCAGCCCAAGAACGACGGUGAAGCCGCCAUCCAGAACCUUACGCAAAGGGUCGCCGACAUGCGCGCCGACGACCGCAUCCGUCAUUCCAAGCAGCCUGGUACGGGUGGUUUCGCUGCCGGUCACCGUGGCCGCGGCCCCCGUCGCGGCGCGCCCAGGGAUCAGCAAACCAGGGCUGUCGAGGUGGGAACGGACUUUGAUUUCGAGACUUCCAACGCCAAGUUCAACAAGCAGGAUCUGGUCAAGGAGGCCAUCGCGACGGGCAGCCCCCUGGGCACGCCUGGCGAGGAGGGCGGUGACGCUUUCGAUUUGAACGGCGCGAAUGGCGCCAAGGAGAGCGAGCCUGUGGUGAUCCCGGCAUCGUACAACAGGACAUCGUCGUUCUUCGACAAUAUUUCGAGCGAGCAGAAAGACCGCGAGGAGUGUAGGGGUCGCAUGGGCGGCUCCGAGUUCCGCAGCGAGGAGCGCCGCAAGAACCUGGAGACUUUCGGUCAGGGCAGCGUCGACAACUACCGUGGCGGGUUCCGCGGUCGCGGCCGCGGCAGAGGUUUCCGUGGCGGACGUGGGUUCGGCGGACGUGGACGUGGCACUGGGCGCGGUAGGGGCGGUGCACAGACGGCCGAGGCAGGAGCUCUCUAA